AUGAGUGACCUGGACUUCCACAGUUUGGGAAGAACCACCCUGGUACGUGGUUCCUCUCUCUGGUGGGUCACUGCGUCAGCCGCUCAACCUUGUUCCCUUGCUGACAGCUUCCUGGUCGGGGACGAUGGCAGGGUGUAUGAAGGUGUUGGUUGGAACGUCCCAGGCUCGCACACCCAAGGCUACGGCAACAUUUCCCUGGGCGUCGCCUUCUUCGGCACCAAGGAAGGCCUCAGCCCCAGCCCUGCCGCCCUGUCAGCCAUGAAGGACCUCGUGUCUUACGCCGUGCAGAGGGGACACCUGUCACCCCGGUACACCCAGCCACUUGUGAGGGGCGAGAACUGCCUGGCUCCUCCCCCAAAGGCAAGGCUGAGGCACGCUUGCCCGAGCAUUGUCCCUCGGUCUGCUUGGGGGGCCAGGGAGACCUACUGUCCCAAGAUGACCCUUCCUGCUAAGUACGUGGUCAUCCUGCACACUGCGGGGAGGACCUGCGGAGUGUCUGAGGAGUGCCGCCUGCUGGUGCGCGACCUGCAGUCCCUCUUCAUGGACAGACGCCACGCCUGCGACGUGGGGUAUAACUUCCUCGUGGGCCAGGAUGGUGCCGUUUACGAAGGGGUCGGCUGGAAUGUCCAAGGCUCCCGAACCCCUGGCUACAAUGACAUCGCCUUGGCCAUCUCGUUCAUGGGCACCUUUACAGGUACUGCGCCCAAUGCCUCUGCGCUGGAGGUGGCCACGGACCUGAUCCAGUGUGCCGUGGUCAAGGGGUACCUGGCCCCCAACUACCUGCUGGUGGGCCACAGUGAUGUGGCCAAUACUCUGUCCCCGGGACAGGCUUUGUACAACAUCAUCAAGACUUGGCCUCACUUCAAACACUGAGGGAGGCCCCCGCUCCUGAGGCUGCUCAACCUGCUGCUGGGACUCUGUCCUCACCUCCCACCCAUCUGUGUCCCCCUCCCCUGCAAGUCCCACCUUGCCUCCCUUUCGCAGGUUGGGGUGAUACAGUCCUCUCCUACUACCGUCCUGCAGCAUCCUGUAGGUUGGGCCCUCACGGCGCUCUGCGUCUGGGCUCCGCUUCCCCUCUCUUCACCUUCUUCGUCCCUGGGCACCACCUGCUCAGCCAGGAGAGAUGAUGGGCGGGUCCUCUGCCUGGUGCGCCUUCCCCUGAGGUCUGCCUGGAAGCUGCCGGCCCUCCCCCAUUGCCAGGCCCGUGCGCCCACUCCUUCCCUCUGCUCACACGUUGACUUGUACAGACUCGGGUGCAGCUGUUAUUGAAGGGCUUCAUUAUCAGAGUGGUUUCUGUUCUCCAAGGGAAGGAGCUGAGAUUUAUUGUCCCUUUGUCCUGUGUCAGUUCCUUACCCACGUCUGGAAUUCAGUAGGUGCCUUAGGUGUUUGUUGAAGAAAUGGAUGAAAGAGUGGAUGGGUUCCUGGUCACCUGGCCAUUUUGCUCCAUCAUCUCCUGCCUGGGAUCGUGCCCUGGUCCACCAGUAUGCUCUCUUAGUCUAAGGCUCCGAGCUGGCUCUGGGGGCUUUUCUGAACUGAGUGCUAUGUCUUUAGAGUCCCAUGUCCCUGUCUCUCCAAAGCACCCUGAGGGAAGGGACUGUGUGCUCCUUCACGGGCAGAGAGGGGCUGUGACCCACACACUCCCCAGUGCCUGCGGCCUGACUGUGCCUGGCUGGCCCCAAUGAGUGCUGGGCAGAGCGAGGACCAGAGCCCUGGCGCUCUCAGCCCUCCCUGGACUCUUCAACUUACUUAUUGGAAGCACAUGAAACAUUUUCCGUAGACAUGAAUACAAGGA